AUGCAGGCCACAACAGACACCUGCAGGAUGAUGGGAAACAGGAUAUUCAUCAAUCACAUUAUUGCUGAUGAGAUCCAGAGGCAAGGGAGUACGAUUUCUGACACAUCUUAUAUUACCUGUAUGAGGGACUUUAUGCAGGUGAGAUUGAGAACAUUUUUGAUAAGAGUAGUCUUCACAUUCAGAGCAUUUUGGAGCAAUUAUUUUACAUCAUACAUGAAACAACUGUACCAUAUGCAAUGGACAUGAUUCCCAGACAAAUCUGACAGGACUAGUAUGUACCAUAAUUUUAGUACUCAAGUCACCUUGACGAGCUGCCUGCAUACCUUGGAGGGCGAGAGAACACCUGGAGGUCUCUCUCUCUUCGGGGACUGUCACGAAACAUUCUACAGUGGGAUAGCUUGGAGGUGGGCGGGAAGGGCACUGUGGCAGACAGGCUAAAGCAAGAGCUGCUGCUGUUAGCGCCUCAAGUUCCUUGCCCUCUGAUUGGAGGAGCAAUCCCACCUCGGAUGCUCAGGUAGGCAGAAAGACGAGAUCAGGAGAGCACUCUGAGUGAGAUUCCCUGCUGUAUGUGUUUUCUUGCAUUUACAAUAGGCCGAUAUACUAUAUACACUGAGUGUAAAAAACAUGAAGAACACCUUCAUAAUAUUGAGUUGCACCCCCUUUUGACUUGCCCAUUCACCCUCUGAAUGGCACACAUACACAAUCCAUGUCUCAAUUGUCUCAAUACUUUUUACCUGUCUCCUGCCCGUCAUCUACACUGAUUGAAGUGGAUUCAACAAGUGACAUCAAUAUGGGUUCAUAGCUUUCACCUGGAUUCACCUGGUCAGUCUAUGUCAUGGAAAGAGCAAGUGUUCAUAAUGUUUUCUACACUCAGUGUACAGUGGGGAAAAAAAGUAUUUAGUCAGCCACCAAUUGUGCAAGUUCUCCCACUUAAAAAGAUGAGAGAGGCCUGUAAUUUUCAUCAUAGGUACACGUCAACUAUGACAGACAAAAUGAGGAAAAAAAAUCCAGAAAAUCACAUUGUAGGAUUUUUAAUGAAUUUAUUUGCAAAUUAUGGUGGAAAAUAAGUAUUUGGUCAAUAACUAAAGUUUCUCAAUACUUUGUUAUAUACCCUUUGUUGGCAAUGACACAGGUCAAACGUUUUCUGUAAGCCUUCACAAGGUUUUCACACACUGUUGCUGGUAUUUUGGCCCAUUCCUCCAUGCAGAUCUCCUCUAGAGCAGUGAUGUUUUGGGGCUGUCGCUGGGCAACACGGACUUUCAACUCCCUCCAAAGAUUUUCUAUGGGGUUGUGAUCUGGAGACUGGCUAGGCCACUCCAGGACCUUGAAAUGCUUCUUACGAAGCCACUCCUUCAUUGCCCGGGCGGUGUGUUUGGGAUCAUUGUCAUGCUGAAAGACCCAGCCACGUUUCAUCUUCAAUGCCCUUGCUGAUGGAAGGAGGUUUUCACUCAAAAUCUCACGAUACACGGCCCCAUUCAUUCUUUCCUUUACACGGAUCAGUCGUCCUGGUCCCUUUGCAGAAAAACAGCCCCAAAGCAUGAUGUUUCCGCCCCCAUUCUUCACAGUAGGUAUGGUGUUCUUUGGAUGCAACUCAGCAUUCUUUGUCCUCCAAACACGACGAGUUGAGUUUUUACCAAAAAGUUCUAUUUUGGUUUCAUCUGACCAUCUGACAUUCUCCCAAUCCUCUUCUGGAUCAUCCAAAUGCACUCUAGCAAACUUCAGAUGGGCCUGGACAUGUACUGGCUUAAGCAGGGGGACACGUCUGGCACUGCAGGAUUUGAGUCCCUGGCGGCGUAGUGUGUUACUGAUGGUAGGCUUUGUUACUUUGGUCCCAGCUCUCUGCAGGUCAUUCACUAGGUCCCCCCGUGUGGUUCUGGGAUUUUUGCUCACCGUUCUUGUGAUCAUUUUGACCCCACGGGGUGAGAUCUUGCAUGGAGCCCCAGAUCGAGGGAGAUUAUCAGUGGUCUUGUAUGUCUUCCAUUUCCUAAUAAUUGCUCCCACAGUUGAUUUCUUCAAACCAAGCUGCUUACCUAUUGCAGAUUCAGUCUUCCCAGCCUGGUGCAGGUCUACAAUUUUGUUUCUGGUGUCCUUUGACAGCUCUUUGGUCUUGGCCAUAGUGGAGUUUGGAGUGUGACUGUUUGAGGUUGUGGACAGGUGUCUUUUAUACUGAUAACAAGUUCAAACAGGUGUCAUUAAUACAGGUAACGAGUGGAGGACAGAGGAGCCUCUUAAAGAAGAAGUUACAGGUCUGUGAGAGCCAGAAAUCUUGCUUGUUUGUAGGUGACCAAAUACUUAUUUUCCACCAUCAUUUGCAAAUAAAUUCAUAAAAAAUCCUACAAUGUGAUUUUCUGGAUUUUUUUUUCUCAAUUUGUCUGUCAUAGUUGACGUGUACCUAUGAUGAAAAUUACAGGCCUCGCUCAUCUUUUUAAGUGGGAGAACUUGCACAAUUGGUGGCUGACUAAAUUCUUUUUUUCCCCACUGUAUAUACACAUUUGAGUAACUGUGGGUUUAAUACUCAUGACAGAUGGUAUCAUGAUGGCAAUAGUCUUCACUUGAAUCUAGGUCUCCUGCUGCGCCCCCCUCUUCUGUGGUUUCUACAGCACGCCAUGCCUCACAACCUGCCACUAGCUACACCCCCCUCCCCUCAACUCGCCGCUCUGGCCGUGCACGCACCACAGCUGCCCGCAUGAGACAUCUGUAUAUUCUUGGGGGUACACUAAAGGUGAGUUUACAUCCAACAUAUACUGAACAAAAAUAUAAACGCAACAUGCAACAAUUUCAAAGAUUUUACUGAGUUACAGUUCAUAUGAGAAAACCUGUCAAUUGAAAUAAAUGCAUUAGCCCCUAAUCUAUGGAUUUCACAUGACUGGGAAUACAGAUAUGCAUAUGUUGGUCACAGAUACCUUUUUUAAAAAUGGGCCUCACAUGGGCCUCAGGAUCUAGUCAUGGUAUUUCUGUGCAUUCAAAUUGUCAUCGAUAAAAUGCAAUUGUGUUCGUUGUCCGUAGCUUAUGCCUGCCCAUACCAUAACCUUACCGCCACCAUGGGGCACUCUGUUCACAACAUUGACAUCAGCAAACCACUCGCCCACACGACUCUAUAAAUGUGGUCUGUGGUUGUGGGGCCUGUUGGACGUACUGCCAAAUUCUCUAAAACGAUGUUGAACGUGGCUUAUGGUAGAGAAAUGAACAUUACAUUCUCUGGCAACAGCUCUGGAGGACAUUCCUGCAGUCAGCAUGCCAAUUGCACACCUCCUCAAAACUUGAGACAUCUGUGGCAUUGUGUAGUGUGACAAAACUGCACAUUUUAGAGUAGCCUUUUAUUGUCCCCAGCACAAGGGGCACCUGUGUAUUGAUCAUGCUGUUUAAUCAGCUUCUUGAUACACCACACCUGUCAGGUGGAUGUAUUUUCUUGGCAAAGGAGAAGUGCUCACUAAAAGGGAUGUAAACAAAUUUGUGCACAAAAUUUGAGAUAAAUAAAAAUUGUAUGGAACAUUUCUGGGAUCUUUUAUUUCAGCUCAUGAAACAUGUGACCAUCACUUUACAUGUUGCAUUUAUAUUUUUGUUCAGUGUAUAUGUACACCAGCGCUGUGCAGCAGAAAACAGGACAGAGCAGAGGUAGCCUCGAUUCCUGAUCAGUUUAUUUCUACGUCUUUCUACAGGAUCAGAAUAAUGAAGUAACAGAGAAAAAACACAACCCUAAGGGAAUAGAGCAAGAGAAAGACAUGGAAGGAAGUGUUGUAAAGCCUGAAGCACCCCAGAUAGUUUUGCCAUUGAGAUUGGAGGAAGACUCCAGUGAGGAUUCCCUCUCAGAUUCUGAGUGGGAAGAGGAAGCAGAGAAACUCUGCUCGUGGACAAGGCAGCUUGCUCUGGAUGAUAUGGACAAUGUGCCACCCACCUGA